UUACUCAGGUAAAUAUCCGUCUUGAUACCGAAACAACAGGUGCGAUGACAAGUAAUCGAUUUUCGUAAAAAUAUCGAAGAAAGGACAAACACGAGGGUGGAUUUUGGCACACUUUUAUCUAUCAUGUAACAAAAGGAUACAAACAGAGAGAUGAGAUCGUUUAUAUUGUUUUUGGUGGGUACUCUGAUCGCCGCGUCAGUGGCAGCUGACGAUGGAUGUCCUGUAAACUGUAAUUGUAAUCAAACCAACGUCAAGUGUCAUGGAUACAACUCUGUGCCGCAACAGUUUAGAAGUUUUUCAAUAAUCAAAGUUUUCGAUUUGUCCAACAACAAUCUGACCUCUCUAUCCAAAACAGAUUUCGCAAAAUUUGUGAACAUCGAAAAGUUGAGCUUGGAGGGAAACUCCAUUACCAACAUCGAAAAAGGGAGCUUCUCGUCGCUUCACCGAUUGCGAAUGUUAAACAUUUCAACCAACAAAUUAGAAAGCAUAGAGGACGGUGUAUUUUGUAACCUGACCUCGUUAACGACCCUUAUUCUAAACAAUAACUACAUCUCUAAUCUUUCUUUGGAUGUUUUUCAUAAUGUUCCUAACUUACAACGACUAGAUUUGUCCCUGAAUAGAAUCUACUCUUUUAGUUCCUGUUCGUUGAUACUUCCGAGUUUGCGCUAUCUGAAUCUGGACAAUAACAGUCUGGCUACGAUUCCAUCGCACAUUUUUAACUGCACUCCACAUCUUCAAACGUUGCGAUUGAAUUUGAAUAGAAUACGACACCUACAGAAAUACAGUUUUUCAAAUGUCCCCAACAUCUCAAGUGUUAGUUUGGACAACAACUUAAUUCGCAUACUUGACAUCGAGACUUUCGAGGUUAAACAUCAGAACCUUAACACACUUCUGGAAUGUAAAAUCAAGGUAUUCUCUAUCGCAGGGAAUUUUCUCACCGAAGUACCAAAUGCAUUGAAUGACCUCGUCUAUGUGGGUCAUCUCGACAUAAGCGACAACAAUAUCCAAACCAUUAGAACACUGGCAUUUGACCGCCUCAGAUACUUGCGUUAUCUUCGAAUAUCAGAAAUGCCACUUCUUAGUAAAGUAGAUGUAGAUGCAUUUGGAGGCCUGAAUCUCAGAGAUAUAUUUAUGACCAGAAACCCAAUGUUGAAAGAGCUACCCGGAAAUCUCUUGCAAAACAUGGGGGAGCUGCGCACUGUAGUGCUAAACAACAAUGGUCUGGUGACUCUCCCGAAAAGUUUGUGCAACUGGCAACAGUUAAUGGACGUCAUGCUAAAUGACAACAAUUUUAUCUGUUCCUGUAGCAACAGUUGGCUUCAGUCAUAUCGAGGCUGGGAUACCCCUCAAACUCAGCAACACGUCAAGAAGUUAAAAUGCCAUAGACCAAAUAACCCCGAUGACUUUCUCAUCAAAGACUAUGAUUUUAGCCGCCUCUCCUGUAUGAGUCUCGGAUCGGCAGUGUCUACUAAAUCACGGGUUCUUGUCGGACUGAUAGCUGCCACUUUAACGUUGUUGGCACUUUCCGUUAUUUUAUUCAUCGUUCGCUACCGGAAGCGGUUGGUAUUCCGGUACAGACAAUUCAAGUACAGGCGCCACACCGACUCCGCAUUUACUAUAGAACCCAAGUACAGCGACCUAUCUACAAACGGUGAUCUCCAUGGAGACACUCCAAACACAAGAGACAAAGCUAAUCUUUUGACGUGAUUUAUUCAAAUCAUACUCUAAUGAUUGUCACUUCAUCUAGAAAUUUUUUAAUAGGAACAAUACCCAAAUCACUUUUAUCCUUUGAAAAGAAACACCACUACCAAUGAAAACGGACAUUGAUAUAACGAUCAAAGGAGCUUAAAUAGUUUAUCACGUGUCAAAAACUGAAACAGUUUACAAGUGUUCUGUAUAAACAUGCUUGCAAUUGCAACAUGUGGAAUAGACGCACCCGUUUUUCAUCUUAUUCAGCACAAGACGGGAAAAUAAUACAAUACUUUGGAAGGGUAAAACUUUAUUGUAUACCUGUAAUUCUUUAUUCAACUGAUUCUUACAAACAAUUACCUUGUAAUGCGAUUUUAAUGAUACACAUGAUUGUAUUGUGAUAUAAUAUGGUUAAUGAUAUAACAAGUAUAGCUUUUAAUUGUAUUCAACAAAACAAAAACCAACAAAAAAGUCGCAUAUCUCUCAUUGGAUUUUGUAUUUUGUUUGAACUAGGAUCUGUUUUGCUGAUUUAGUUUGAUUAUCAUCAUCUGAUUGAAUACGAUGUUUUACCACCUUAAACUGUAAACAUUCCCUUCACUUACAUUCGCAUGCUAAAUACUCGUUACUCAGUGGCGUAAAUUUGAGUGAACACCUUUUUAUUGCGUUUUACCACUUUUUCUAGUACGUUGUAGCUACUUCUUUUUUAAGCAUGUGACAAACACAUUCCAUGCUUUUUACACAAACUUUCAUAUUUUAAAUAUAUCCUAUGUACAUAUGUGGAGGAAAAAUCCAGAAUAAAAGGGAAAUUAAAUCCA